CUGGACCGUCGCGCGGCAACGCGCGGAGCCGGCGGAAAUGGUGCUGAUGUCCCGCUGCGGGCCUGGGGGCCGCGAGCACCAUCGUCCUCCCGGGCCCGCCGAAAGCGGUGCUCAACCAAGUCCCUUCCCUACCGCUCGGGGACGCGGCCCGGGGCACCAGCCGGACUCCCGGCAUGGUGCUCAAGGCCUUCUUCCCCACAUGCUGUGCCACAGCAGAUAGUGGCCUACUUGUGGGACGGUGGGUCCCGGGACAGAGUAGUGCUGUGAUCCUGGCUGUGGUGCACUUUCCCUUCAUUCCUAUCCAAGUCAAGGAGCUCCUGGCCCAGGUGCAGAAGGCCAGCCAAGUACAAGUGUCUGUAUUAGGCACCUGGUGCCACCGUCAGCAGGAGCCAGAGGAGAGCCUGGGGCAUUUCCUAGAGGGCCUGGGUGCCAUCUUCUCCCAUGAUCCCUGGUUGCAGCUAUGCCGGGAGAGGGGUACCAGGUCCUGGAGCUGUAAGGCCACUUACCAUCAGGUGUCCAACGCUCUGAACACACCUACUGAAGACCAGGUCAUGCUCAUCUUCUAUGAUCAGCGUAAGCUUCUCCUCUCCUGGCUGCAUCCACCUACAGAACUGCCUGACUGCCAGAUUGGAGACACCACAGCCAGCACUGGAGGCCUAGCUGACAUCUUUGACACAGUGGCACGCAGCGAGGUCCUCUUCCGAAAUGACCAGUUUGAUGAGGGCCCCAUACGCCUGAGCCACUGGCAGUCGGAGGGAGUGGAGGCCAGCAUACUUGUGGAGUUGGCAAAACGGGCCUCGGGACCUGUCUGCCUGCUGAUGGCUUCUCUGCUGUCCCUGCUCUCAGCAGCUAGUGCUUGCUGUCUCGGCCCUUAUAUUCUCUCCAGGCUGUGGAAGCUGUGGCCCCUUUCCUUCAUCAGGAGUAAGCUCUCCACUUGUGAGCAGCUCCGGCACCGACUGAAGCACCUCUCACUCAUCUUCAGCACCGAAAAAGCUCAGAGCCCCAUGCAGCUCAUGAGGAAGGCCAACUUGCUGGUUUCCAUGCUACUGGAUGUGGCUCUUGGCCUGCUGCUGCUCUCAUGGCUCCACAGCAAUAACCGAAUUGGACAGCUGGCCAAUGCCUUGGUCCCUGUGGCUGAUCGUGUGGCUGAGGAGCUCCAGCAUCUGCUGCAGUGGCUGAUGGGUGCUCCUGCUGGGCUCAAGAUGAACCGGGCACUGGAUCAGGUGCUAGGCCGCUUUUUCCUGUACCACAUCCAUCUGUGGAUCAGCUAUAUCCACCUCAUGUCUCCCUUUAUUGAGCACAUCCUGUGGCAUGUGGGCCUCUCAGCCUGCCUUGGACUGACUGUUGCCUUGUCCAUUCUUUCGGACAUCAUCGCCCUUCUUACCUUCCACAUCUACUGCUUCUAUGUCUACGGUGCCAGGCUGUACUGCCUGAAGAUCUAUGGCCUCUCCUCUCUCUGGCGUCUGUUCCGGGGGAAGAAGUGGAAUGUUCUGCGCCAGCGGGUGGAUUCUUGUUCCUAUGACCUUGACCAGCUGUUCAUUGGGACCUUGCUCUUCACCAUCCUGAUCUUCUUGCUGCCCACCACAGCUUUGUACUACCUGGUAUUCACCCUGCUCCGGCUCCUGGUGAUCACUGUGCAGGGCUUAAUCCAUCUACUUGUAGACAUCAUUAACUCUGUGCCUCUAUACUCCCUUGGCCUCCGACUCUGCCGACCCUACAGGCUGGCAGCUGGUGUGAAGUUCAAAGUUCUGGAACAGGAGGCAGGCAGGCCCCUCCGCCUCCUGAUGCAGAUCAACCCCCUGCCCUAUAGCCAUGUGGUGCACACCUACCGCCUGCCCAGCUGUGGCUGCCAUCCCAAGCACUCCUGGGGCACCCUGUGCCGAAAGCUUUUCUUCGGAGAGCUCAUCUACCCCUGGAGGCAAAGAGAGGACAAACAGGACUGAGGAGCUGGACACAGCCUAUCCAUAGCUACUGCACAGCCAUCGCGCCUCCUGUCUGCCAGGAUAGUACUGACCAUGGGGUCAUCUCAGGUCCCACGUGGGCCAGCCUGACACUCUAUGUACUGAAUGUCGGCAGGCCUUCCCCUUGAGUUACUACUUUGGCUCUUAGACACUGCCAGCUUCAGUCUUGCACUCCGUCUCUCUAGCACAGUGGUUCUCAACCUUCCCCAUGCUGAGACCCUUUAAUAGUUCCUUAUGGUGUGGUGACUACCAACCAUACAAUUAUUUUCAUUGCUAUUGCCUAACUGCAAUUUUGCUACUGUAUGAAUUGUGAUGUAAAUGUCUGUGUUUUCUGAAGGUCUUAGGUGACUCUUGUGAAAGGGUCAUUUGACACCCCAAGGGGUCCCAACUCACAGGUUGAGAACCACUGCUCUAGUACCACCUGGGUGGGGACCCAUGUGUUUUGUUGAAGUUACUGAAGUAGGCCUGAUUCCUAGGAGUGCACAGACCCUGUAGGGUACGCUGGCCAUCCUUGGCUGCUUUAUUGGGUGGGAGCACUCCUGGGCACCUGGUACACUCCAGAAGUCUCAGCAGAACAUCCCCAUCUGGGGAAUUGAGGCAGCUGAGGAAUUGAGGCCUUGCCCCAGCAAACUAAUCUCUCACCCUGUACUUCAUUGGGUUUGCUUGUUGCUGCUCCCUGAGAUUACCUUGUAAAGUUGCUGCUAAUAGGCCUUUGGGUACCCUUUGCUUGAAGUCACAUCAUGUGUGGUAAUUGGAUACCUGCUCUCCUGGCCACUGUGCUCUUGCUUAGUGCCCCAUGUGGGAUAGGCCUUUGGCAAAGUAUUCUUUCUUCUCUUACUGACUCUUUACAGGACCAGGAAGCUCCCUUCUAGACAGGCACUUUUGUGGCCUAGUGUGUGAAUGACCUUGGGCAGGUGGAAUGGCCAGGGUUCUCAGACACUUAGUGGGACUGCAUGUGAGUUAGUCCCUAGGGGCAGGAAACCUCACUGCUUAAUGGUCUGGUCGUGUCAGCUAUGGGCAGGAGAGGUCACCCAGCCCUGCCUGUCUCUCAGGGGCACUCAGAACUAUCGAUAUUGGUUCAUCUGUGCCUGCUUCCUGUUGCUAUAGGUCACAGCAACUCUUAAGCACCCAGUGGAGGGUGUUGUUGAAGAUGAAUCCUGAUCCUGUGGUGACAAUAAAAUCUCAUGAAUUUGGA